ACACGGGGUCCGGCUGCUACACACGGGAGGCGCUGUUUGAGAUUUGGGAGUUUUGCAGCCGGCUCUUUGCACCCGGCCCUUCAUUCACACGGACUCUGAGUACAUAAAGGACAAAAUCCCGACAUUGGUGAAGCCAGUUAUACGCACGACCCCAAGUACAACAUGGACGGAGAGGAGAAGCUGCAACUACUCAAUGGAGACAAACGGUCAUACUCUGGAGUCUCGGUCAACGACUUACAUAAUCAAAUGUUUACCUAUGUGUCUGAUCUGAAUGGCAUAGAAUUGGGUCACCAGGGGAACAAGCACUGCCACUCCAGCAGAGCACAGGAGGAUUGGCACAGCACAGAAAAGGAGCGGGCUCGAAGGAAACUUUAUGUGGCAUCUGUAGUCUGUCUGCUGUUCAUGAUUGGAGAGGUUAUAGGUGGGUACAUUGCACACAGUUUGGCCAUCAUGACAGACGCUGCCCACCUUCUGACAGAUUUUGCAAGCAUGAUGAUCAGUUUAUUUGCCCUCUGGAUGUCCUCUCGUCCAGCCACAAAAACAAUGAAUUUUGGUUGGCAUCGGGCAGAAAUCCUGGGAGCUCUCCUAUCUGUCUUGUCCAUCUGGGUAGUAACUGGAGUCUUGGUGUAUUUGGCUGUAGAAAGGAUAAUUUCAGGAAACUAUGAAAUUGAAGGAGACGCAAUGUUAAUCACCUCUGGCUGUGCAGUCGCUGUGAAUAUUAUAAUGGGCUUGACACUUCAUCAGACUGGACAUGGACACAGUCACGGAGCUGGAAACACUCACUCUCAUUCACACAGUACUGGAGAACAACACAACCCUAGCGUUCGUGCUGCCUUUAUUCAUGUGGUUGGAGAUUUGCUGCAAAGCUUAGGAGUUCUAGUUGCAGCCUAUGUCAUCUAUUUCAAGCCAGAAUAUAAGAUUAUUGACCCUAUCUGCACAUUCCUGUUCUCUGUCCUUGUUCUGGGUACCACGUUGACCAUUCUUAGAGAUGUUCUGCUUGUACUAAUGGAGGGUACACCUAAGGGGGUUGACUUUAACAUGGUUAAGGAUACCCUUCUUUCUAUCAGUGGAGUGAAAGCUCUUCACAGUCUGCAUAUCUGGGCCCUGACCGUGUCCCAACCUGUUCUUUCUGUUCACAUUGCAAUAAAUGAAGAUGCGGAUGCUCAGAUGGUGCUGAAGGAGGCCAGCUCUGCUCUACAGCAUAAAUUCCACUUUCACACAACCACUAUCCAGAUAGAAAAUUACUCAGACGAUAUGAGAGAUUGUGAAGAAUGUCAGGAUCCCACUGACUAAUAAUGUAUCGUAGACCUGGAAGCCAUUGUUGUCUGGGAUUCCCUCCAGUUCUGUGCCAGGGGUGUUCUUGCCUGAAAGUGAACAUUCACAUUACCUUUCCACUGACAUCUCUAGCUGAGGAUUACAUCUUGCCUGAUCUCAGAAUGUGUUUUCCUGUGCAAGGAUUUCUCCUGAAAACAGUAUUUUGAGGCUGCUCGGGGGAAUCCUGCUUGUCGCCUGGUCUUAUUGCUUCUUUUACUACCGUAUUCUUCAAGAUGAGUAGUGAGGAGGAUCUUUCUCCAUCAUGGAGUGCUUAUAAUUUCCCACAAUUUGCAGACUUUUGCACAUUAUUAAAGAGAGAGAGAGACUUUGUGGUAUCUAGAUAACAAAUAAAACAUGUCAUUGGACAUAAUGUGUGAUAGACUUACCAUUGCGGAGUUGACCAGUUCUGACACUCCUCUGAUAACGUCUGUCUGUAACCUUUGUUUAAAUG